AUGCGCAGGAGUCUCAAGAGCAUCGGCAGCACUUCCGCACGCUCUGGCCUGCACGCCCGCGUCCUCGAGGGCAUCGUGACGGACCUCCCGCCGGCGAACAACUCGACCAUCGUCCCCGUCGUCUUCUCCUCGGACCGACAGACGUACUACGCCCUCGCCGGUGUGGGCUCGGUUUCCUUACGCCUUGCACUGGAUACUGCGUCCGCGGACCUCUGGCUCGUUUCCUCGGGCUGUACUUCCAGCGCGUGCAACAUCCCCAAAUACCCUCUCGCCUUCGAGAGCUCGACAUUCGUUCCCGUAAACUCGAACGGCACCACGUUCAAUGUAACCUAUGCCGAUUCGACAGGCGCACAAGGAUUUAUCGCGAGGGAGUCAGUCACCCUGGGCAACUUGACUGUUGCGAACCAGGCUCUCGGCUUGGCAAACGCCUCCACUGUGCACUUCACCGACAGCAUGAGCGGCGUUCUUGGUCUCGGCUUCCCCCGCCUCUCCACGAUUGGAGACAGUGCUGUGAACGCGACGCCCUUCUUUGCUACCAUGGCGCAAAACGGACAGCUGGACUAUCCGCUGUUCGGACUGAGUCUCACUAGGGACUCUAGCGGUACCCUCGCAUUAGGUGCCAUCGACGGCUCGGUGGUAACGAACCGGAGCCUCGUCGAAUGGAACGAGGUGGUGCCUUUCGCGCCCUUCCUGAGUGAUAGCAACAGCAACGCCUCGUCGUACCUCCAGUGGGCGCUGGUGCUUGAGAACAUUUCGGUGAACGGCACCGCGGUAACGCCGGAGCCGACUUACCCCACCCAGACCCUGAACUCCUCCAUAGCAUUGUUCGACGUAGGCACCGCCGGAAUCUAUGGCCCGUACCAGGACGUUUCGCGGAUGUAUGCCCUCAUAGACGGGGCACGCCUCGUGGACGACAGCAUCGGGCAAUGGGUUGUGCCGUGCGACACGGAACAGACAAUGUCGUUCAACUUCGGCGGCCAAGACUUCGUUCUGCAGCCCACUGACUACAUGAUCGGCCCUGCUUCUGGCAACCCGAACCUGUGUCUCUCGUGGCCGAGGGCCAGCAACCCGAGCUCGGAUGGUAUCGACUGGCAGCUCGGCUCGCCCUUCCUGAGGACGGUGUACUCGAUCUACAGCUUCGGCAUCAACAACAAGGAAUCGCCCAUGGUCGGACUCUUCCCGCUCGCGAACGCCAGCGCGCCCAUCGAACCCUCGGCAUCCGUCUCUGCCUUCCUCGCGUCGUACUCCGCGACCGUCGGCACCACACUGCCCAACUUCCUCAUCCCUACGCCCUCGCCCACAGCGCCCGCCUACACCUUCAACACAUCUGUCUCCGCGACGCGCGGGCAGAUCGUGAAGACCGGGCUCGCAACAAGCACCUACGUCGCACUGCUCGCGAGCAAGCACCAGAAUGCGACCGCGCUACCUGCGAUCACGCCCUCGCCCACCGUCGCGACGCUCGUCAUCACGGACACGAGCGGGCACACGCUCACCAGCGUGUCUACUGCGGCGACGCCGAGCAUUACCCUCGGCGUGCCCGAGGGCUGGACACAGAACGGCGCACGGCCACUUGCGGCGCACACAGGCGCGUCGUGGGGCGUCGCGGCGGUGCUCUGCGCGCUCGCGUGGGGCGUCCUAUAG